AAGAUCUGUAGUCUUUGUUUCCUCCGAUUUCAUAUAAAAAGUUCUCAUUUCAAGAUUCUCUUUCAAUUCCUCCUGUUUUCUUCUGAGCCUGUUUAAUCCCAGAGAUUCGAGUUUUAAAGCAAUGGAUCUUCUGUUUGGUUUUCAACCAAAACCUCAGGAUAAAACGAAGAUCCUGCAGAUUGAUGAUGGAGAUGCCCAUUUCUUGGCGAUUAGAUUGCAUACUUCUUGGAUUCUGAAAUUGUUGGGUGCUGUAAUUUUGGCGUUGGUUAUUGUCUCUUUUCCCUGGCUUAAAACAAUGAUUGGAGAAUCAUGGCAUGAAAAUGGGAACAUUUCUGAUGCUCAAAUGGUGUUUGAUCCUAUCAGUGUGGAUCUAUUGCCUCUUGUCUUUCAUGAUCUGGCCAAUGAAGGCCUUCUCAGACAGGGCGAUCGAGCCCUUUUUGUCAGCAGCAAUGGCGACGAGGAAGCCAUUUAUGGUUCUCGAGUCAUUUCUGAUUAUAACAUGGAUUUGGUCUCUGUUUCAGACAUCCAGCGCCAAAGGUUGAUCCCAGAGGAGACAUAUGAUUUCGCAUUUGCCCAUGGCUUGACAGCAACCUCGGAUUUCGUGAACCGGGCUCUUAAGGUAGGUGGAAUUGUUGUUCUGCAGGUCACUGACAACCCUGCCGUGGGGUUCCAGAAGCCUGGGAACUUGAGGAUUGUCUACCUCAGGAAAUUCGAAUCCGCCAUGAUUGUAACCAUGAAGAAAACAGGCGCCAAUUCCACCCUGCUGGAGAUUGAAUCAGAAGCCAGAGUGGCGGCGCUCAAGAAUCUUGAAGAUGUCCUCUUGGAACCGCCCCGAGCAGCCUCGGGCAAAUCCAGCUCCUACAUCAAGAGAACCCGGUAUCUCCCCGACCUGAUGGGCGUCUCCCUCGAAAGCUACCCCCGCCGAGUGUUCAUCGACGCCAGCCUGCGCGGCAACAACGACGCCUCCGCCUGGUUCACAAACCACUACCCUUCAGGAAACUCCAAAUUCGAGGAAACUCCAAAUUCGAGAUAUUCCAGGUCAAGGCAGUGCCUCUCGGGCCAUCUUAUUGAGUUUUGAGCCCUAAAAUUUUUUGUAUCUUAUUGGGACAGUUUAUCAGUUUCGAACUAAGAUUGACAUUCCUAAUUCCAGGUCGAGGCAGUGGCAGAGGCCUCGGGUGGUGGUGAGGAAGUUCCGGUG